AUGCCGCAGUCAUUCGAAGAACAGGACAUGUACCGGAGUGUCGCAUACCUCGAGCAAGAAGUCGCACGCCAGCAAGAGAACAUGCGCCGACUGGGCAUGGGUAAGUCGCUCGCCUCUUGCACAUUUGCCGGUUAUCGCCUCAGCUGACACUUCCUCGCUGCAACAGGCAAUGGGGCAAGUGCACGCACCGUAGGUGAGGAGAUGCGCAGCAUGAGCGAGCACAUCGACAGCGUGGACGCAGAGCUGCGGCACAUGAGCGAGCUCCUGGCCGCCUUCCAAGCCGAGCUGGACGCGAAUGCGCGGGAGAUUGCGGAGCUGCGCGCUGAGAAGGUGGAGCGGAUGAAGGAGGUGAACGCGCUCCAGGCCAAGCUUGACGACUUCGAGCAGUAUAUGCAGGAGCAGGAUGACGAGAUCCAGCGACUGUGUGAUGAGCUCAAAGCGAAGAAGCGGGCGAUGGAGGAACAGGCCGCUGAGUUCGCUGCGAAAUAG